AUGCUCGACUCGUCCGAGACUCCGCCUCCUCUUCACUUCUCACCGCCGUCCAGCGAGCAAGAUCGCACCUCGACCCGCGAGUCCACCCCGAUAGGCACUCCCCUGGGCUUCGUCUCCAGCAACCCUCGCCGGCCUGAGCUGCUGCAUAACCACCAUCUGGGGAACCGCAAGGCGUCUGCUUCGUCUCCCUUCUCUCCUUCGGCUGCUCACAUCCCCGUGUUCGACGACGAGGACGAGGACGACUCCAUAUUCCCGCUGUUCCCGUCUUCGCCGCCAGACCAGCAUCACCAUCACCGCAACAGCAGCAGCACCAGCGGCCACCAGCAGCAGCAGCAGCAUCAAUAUCAGCAUCAAAACCGCAGCCAGCACGGCCAGCGUUGCCAUCAUCGCUACAACAGCAGCCAGCAUAGCGUCACCAUGGAUGGCCGCGCCAUGCCCAUCGACCUGUCCUCGAGACAGACGUCCAAGUCGCCACCAGGACAGCAGGCCUCCAAUCUUACCUCGGCCCUCCAGAAGGCUGCUACCGGCGCUGCUGACAUGUCCUCGAACUGGAACGGAGUCGCCUCCAAUAACUUCAUGUCCAACGCGGCGCGCAAGGAGUCCUUCAGCGCAACAAUGGCCCAGUACUCCAACGGGAGCAAGCCUAUCACCAUGGUGGGCUCAAACCGAGACAAGCCCCGGCGUGAGAGUCUUGCUGGUAGUCUUGUCGGCGGCAUGAGCUGGGGAGGUGUCUCCGUAGGCAGCUGGAUCAGAGACGAUAUAAUUAUGACGGGAACAUCUCCGUUCACACUACAGUCGCCGUCGUAUCACUCUUCAUCGUAUUUGCCGAAGCUGGAAGCUAACUUCAUGCGCGACUUCUCAUGCUGUGGCAUCACUCUGCCGUCACUACACGAUCUACUUCAGCAUUAUGAAGAAGCUCACGCCCAAAGAUCCCCACAACCGCCACAACGGUCUGCGCAGUCAAAUCAGACCACUUCAUCAGAUAACAGGGCUGGCAUAGGCUCCUCUCCACACCCGUCACAGCAGCACCAGCAGCAACCGAGUAUGGCCACCGCUCCAGGCCGAGCUGCUUCUUCUCAGCCAGGAACUCCUCGACCGCACCAUAGACUACCGCAGCAACCACAGCAGCCCAUGAUGCAGACUACCACCGGGUUUGGCCAACCACAAUCUAACGAUAUACCAGAUAUCGACAGCGUAGACGAUAUGGACAUGGAGAUGGAUGACCCGCUCAGUGAUAGUGGCUUCCAGCAGCAAACUCACCAGCAGUCCCUCACCCAGGCCCGCUUUGCUCAGGAAAAUGGCGGAAGCCGGGUAACACCACUAAAUAUGGGCAUGUUACAAGGCCAGCAGCGGUUCCGAAGCUCAGCACCCGGCACCCCAGUUUCAUCCGCGAGACCUCUCCACAACAACCCAACCGUCUCAUCUGUUAACACUCCCACUCUCAUGCCGCUUCCUGUUCAGCAACAACAGCAGCAACAGCAGCACCAACAGCAACAACAACAACAGCAAGUGCCAAACCCCCAAUAUAUAAGUACACCAGAACCGUCUGCUCCUGGAACGCCUGCCGAGCUUGAUGAUUCUAUAGUCGGCGGAUUCGGUGACAUGAACAUGCAAGGUACCGCUACCCCUGUAGGCACAGGUCCGGGUCAGCAACAGUUUGGCACUUUUGGAAGCAAUGGGAUGCUUGACUUGUGUAUCGAUGAGCCUGCCAAGAGGCUAUUUAGGCCAAACACCGGUUUUGGUAACGGAAAGCCUGUACAACAGCAAGCUCCUCCUUUCAGACUGGGUAACUCGCACUACGGGGCAAAUAGUGAGAUUGCUCAACAUAUCAGGGAACAACAGAAGCUCGCUGGCGUUCCAGACGUCACCCUUGCGAUGAAGCCUGAUGAUGAACCAAAGCCAUUCAGAUGUCCAGUAAUAGGAUGCGAAAAGGCAUAUAAGAACCAGAACGGCCUCAAAUACCACAAAGCACACGGCCAUAACAACCAACAACUCCAUGACAAUGCAGACGGUACAUUCUCCAUUGUCGACCCAGAAACAUGUGCCCCUUACCCCGGCACGCUAGGCAUGGAGAAAGAAAAGCCUUACCGCUGCGAAGUCUGCGGAAAGCGAUACAAGAACCUCAACGGCCUAAAAUACCACCGCGCACACUCUCCGCCAUGUAACCCAGAAUUCUCCUUCGCUGCAGCAGGCCGCGCCUUCAACACAGCUGGCGGCGUCAUGCAUGGAGAUAACAUCAAUAUCGCCGGAGCCGGACUAACGGGUAUCGGAGAGUUAGAGUAA